AUGAUACCGCCCAACCAGCCCCGGCGGGGGCUGUCCCGCUGGCACUUCGACAUCGACAAGCACCUCAACCCCUUCCUCGCGCCGUCCGCCCUGCCCAUGAUGCCCGCCCCCGUCGCCCAUUUCUUCGGGUACCGCACCCACGCGCCGGCGCACCCCUUGGGCAACCUGGUCAUGAUCUUUUGGGCCGUCAUCGGCGUGUUUGCGAGUUUGGCCAUCGUCGGUGCCGUGGUGCUGGCCGUGCCGUCGUUCCAAGCCCAGGGCGUGCCCACCAUCAUUGGGAGUUUUGGCGCAGCCGCAGUCCUCAAGUUCUACGCCAUCGAGUCGCCCCUCGCCCAACCGGCGCAACGCCGUGCUCGGGCAGUUCAUCUUCCGCCCUCGUCGGCAUCGCCAUCGGCAAGCUCCUCUCCUUGUCCCCGCACUUCGAGGCCGUCCGCUGGCUGGGGCGCGUCGCUGGCCUGCGCGUGCGCCACCGCCCUCAUGGCCCUCACCGGCACGGUGCACCCGCCCGCGAGCGCGUCCCGCGCUGAUAGCCGUGCUGGAUGA